UGCGUCUUCAGAAGAUAACUUCGAAACACUCCAGUGUAAAAUGCGUUACAUUGUAUGUAAAUUUAGUGAAACAAUGUCAGUGACGUGCUCAAUGUAGAUAUAAUAAGUUAUUAGUCUCUUACGAUGCCAAUCAGAUAAAGAAGAAUGAUUGAAAGGCUAGUGGUGAUCGUUUUGGCCUCAGUUGUCUUGUGUGUGCAGUGUCGACCCAGCGGAGAUGCCCGAAUUGUAAAAUAUACUAAUGAAUUAACCGACACAGGAUAUAAUUUUGAGUAUGAAACUAGUAACGGAAUUAAGCGCCAAGAAACUGGUUCAUAUCAUCCUAACAACCAAGAAGAUGGCAUAUUAAAAGUAAAUGGGCAGUUUGAAUACCCAUCACCAGACGGAUACCAGGUGUCAGUAGUGUUCGUCUCAGAUGAAAAAGGAUAUCGUCCUAAAGUUUCAAUAUCCUCUGGCCCUAUAAGCCCUCCUUUGGUAGGUGUACCUGGAAAUGCUUUCGUAGCAUUCGACAAUAGAAUAAAUGUGGGAGAAAAGUCAAUAUCCUCUUCGGCAAUCGCGUCUUUGGCCGGUGGAGGCUUGGGAAAAUAGUUUUAUUUUACUAUGUCGAUAAUAACUAAAGGGAUGUUUUAUAAUAAAAUGACUUUUACUUUACCUAAAUAAAUAAUAACAGACAACAA